UACAGCCAGCACAUGCAACAACAUUGAAGAUUUCAAAUUUCUUCUCAACUUUUCGUCUUUUUUGUUAUUUAUUCGCCGCCAAACAAGACAAAGGUUUUGAAUUAAUGGGUGCAUCAGAAUCAACACCAGAGAACCAACCAUCGCCAUCUCCUGGCCCACCAACAAGCGUUACCCAGUCCCAGACAUCUGGGUGUCCAGUGCAACAMAACAGCCCCCCAGUGGGUGAAUGGAGAAGUGAGUGUCCAGCCAGUGGAGCAGGAGGUAGGGGUGGCUGUCCAGUCAACAAAGAUGGCCUGGAUCCUAGAAACAUGAUGCCACCAGCCAAUCAGCAGCCUUCACCAGGGCAACCAUUUCCCUUACCAACAAACCGUGUAACAUCAUCAAUCCCAAAAGCAGGUUCAGACGGUGACASGUGGGUUUAUCCCUCUCCUCAAAUGUUCUGGAAUGCAAUGGUUAGAAAAGGAUGGAAGUGGGAAAAAGAYGAAGUACAAGCUAAUGAUAUGGAUCAUAUUAUAAGGAUACACAAUGCUAACAAUGAGAGAGCUUGGGAUGAAAUAUUAAGAUGGGAAGCUCUACAUGCUCAUGAAUGUGGCAACCCUAAACUAUUAAGUUUCCGUGGAAGAGCGCAAGAUUUCAGUCCAAGGGCAAGAAUAAGAAGUUGGUUGGGUUAUGAGUUGCCSUUUGAUAGACAUGAUUGGAUUGUUGAUCGCUGUGGACAAGAAGUGCGUUACAUCAUUGAUUAUUAUGACAUUGGAGAUGAGGAAGGUUACAAGAAAGGAGAAUUUGUUCACCUGGAUGUUAGACCUGCAAUUGAUUCACCUAGUGCAGCUUUAGACAGAAUGCGAGUUGCAUUCCUACGAUGGUCAAUGUACUUUAGCAGCAACACAGAUGAACCACAGGAUGUUAAAGURGAAUCCUCCCCUAAGUCUGAUUGAGGAGUGUAUAGUUGUGGCUCAAAACAAAAGUCUUAGAAAUCACUAUUCUCUUGUGGGAAUUUCUACACUUUCUUCAGUAGAUAAUGGCUGCAGGGGGUCUGGAUUGUGAAGGUCUUGUUUGUGACAUAUGUUCGGACUAAAAUAGAGACAUCAAACUUUGUUUUUGAGAGCAAAAUGGCAGUUAAAUCUGCAAUUUAAAUUUGUCCAUCAUUUAAAUGCGAAAAAUACUUUUCAGUGAUUGACUGUUAAAUGUUACAGCAAAUAUGACUUUAUUUCAACAACAGUUUGUUGUGUAUUAUAUAAAUUUUAAUAAUAUUUCAUAGUAAAAGCUCAAGAAUUCCUAUUA